AUGGAUACCAAUUUGAUGAUACGAUAUGUUGAUUAUCUUAAUGAUAUGAGUAAUGAUGAUGAAUGUGAGGUUCCAGCAAUGAUAGUAUACGAUUUGUUUAAAGAACAUUUGAAAGAUUCGGUCAAAGAUAAGUUUCACGAUAGUGAUAUUGAUUUAGUGGUUAUUCUGGCUGGCUUAACUAGUAUUUGCCAACCACUCGACAUUACAAUUAAUAAACCAUUCAAAGACAAUCUUCACAAGAAAUGGCAUCUUUGGAUGACAAAAGGUGGUGCCAGAAAAACUGCAGCUGGAAACCUUCGACAUGCUAGAAUAAAUCUUAGUAGUAAGAGCGUUGAAAUUGUAGAUCUUAGUAGUAAGGAAAUUGUAGAUCUUAGUAGUAAAGACUUUGAAAUUGUAGAUCUUAGUAGUAAAGACGUUGAAAUU